UUUAUCCAAAACGCACUGCAUACUGCACAUUAUGAAUUGCACUGAAACGACGCUAGUGGCUAGUAGGUCCCUGUGCCGGUCAAGCACAAACCGUUCCCUUUGCACAGCUUUCGACUUCGUCAUUAAAGCUACACAUAGAGCGCGUUAAUUGCAGCCUGAAAUAUUUCGCGCGUCCUAUAAGCAGUGCCCGAAGUGGGCAAGCAUGCGGGACGCGUUCCUCGUCUUGGUGCAGGCAAACGUCGCGGGUUCUACCAGAUGUAUAGCCAGGCAGUGAGGGGUCAACUCCGUGGCCAAGUUGGCGUUAAGGCGAGAGUGCAUUCGGUAGCAGCACCAUGGCAGCGGUGGGUGGCGGGGCGCUCCUCUCGCCCGCACGGGUGACACAGGCUUUUUCCAGCCUGGGCCCGGCUGCGGGCAGCGGCGGACCGCGCAGCCCCAGCACGUCUAUCGCCGUGACGCCCAGCGCCGGCGCUGGCGAGCCUGUGACAGCGCCCGCCGCGCCCUACACGGGUGCAGCCGCUGCGGUGCAGCGGCCACUGACGUCCGCCCACACGCCCAAAACCCCAUCGCCCUCGCGGGCCGCGGCCAGCCCCGCUGCCGCUGCCUCGCUUUGGUCCAGCGGCCCAGCUGCGGGUCAUGGGGGUGGCGGUGGCGGAGGCGCGGCACGCCGGGUGCAGUACGACAGCGGGGUGGGCGGCAGUCCUCGCGGUGGCGGCAGUCCCCGCGGCGGGAGCGGCAGUGCCGGCGAGACACAGCUCAACUACCAGCCGCCGCUGCCGCCGCGAGGGGGAUCUUUAAGCGGCCCACGCCCCGUGUCUGGCGCUGCCUCCCGUGGCGUGUCGGGCAUGGGCACGUCCGCCGCGGGCCCCACUCCGCGCAACGGCGGCGGCGGCGGCGGCAUGCGCGGCGGCAGCGGCUCCAACAGCGCCAGCGCCACACCGCGCGACAGCUAUGGCGGCGGUGGCGGCGGCAGCGCCGGCUUCUUUGCCGCUGCUGGCAACGUCGCGCUAGCCAUGGGGCGCGCGCGCACCGCCCUGGGCUCGAGGCCCACUUCGACCAAGCGCUUGAGUGUGAGCGGCGGGCAGGGCUCGCUGUCGUCCUUGGGCAGCCAGGUCACAGUGGCAGGCGGCAUUGGCGGCGCCGCCGGCACGCCUGGAGGCAUCGACGUGGCUCGGCUCAUUGCGAUCCAGAAGCUGCUGGACGAGUUCAGCGAUGACGAGCCCGAUGUCGGCGGCAGCUCGCCCGGCGGCGGCGGGCCUUUCGGCGGCAGCUACGCUGCUGGCGGCGGCGGCGGCGGCGGCAUGCGGUUUAGUGACGCCAGCGGCGCCGGCAUCCCUGGCCCUGGGGACCGCAGUAGCCGGCCCAGCAGUGCUGGGCACAACCCACGUGCCAGCGAUGGCUCGGGCGGCGGCGGCGGUGGCGCCGGGUCGGGUCUCCGCGGCCUGGUGGCUCUGCGGGACAAGGGCGACAUGCACAUGUGGAUGCCAGCUGCGUCCACGGUCAAGGGCUCGCUGGAGGAGCACGCCCAGCGGCUGCGUGAGCGCGCCGACGUGACACAGAGCCUGCGCAAGUGGGCGGACCAGGUGCUGCAGGAGGCGGCCAGCCACGCGCCCAGCCGGCUCAAGGACGUGACGGCCUCGGCGCUGCUGCCUGCCGGCGCAGCCGGUGCAGUCGGCGCGGGCCUGAGUGAGGAGGACGCGGACCAGGGUGACAUAGACGAGGAGCGGCAGCUGGCGGCGGCGCUGGCGGCACGGCCGGACGGCUCGGGGCUGGGCGCGCAGCUGCGGGCGCACUUCAACAACGUGGUGGCCGAUGAGGUGGCGCGCAAGUUCGAGGCGAUGCGUGCCUCCUGGAACGAGGAGGUGUCCGCUGAGAUGGACGAGCUGAAGGAGCUGCGGGACGCGCACAAGGAGCUGCGGGGCCGGUUCCAGGAGUCCAAGGAGGCGCUGGACAAGGCAAACACCAAGAUGGAGAUGAUGCGGAGGCAGAUGGGGCCGGCGGGCGCGGCAGCCAUGGCGGGGCUGACGGGGGCGUCAUCGCCCACGGUGCGGAGCUCCGCUGCCUCGCCCGAGCCCCACAGCCACCACGGCAGCCUUCACGUGCACAGCAGCCCCGACUCCGCCCACGGUCACGGCCACGGACGCGGACAAGUCCACGCUGGCGAAGACCCACUGCACGACAAAGUCGCGAACAUCGGCAGCCGCCGCGCCACGCCGCUGGCGUCGCACGCCGGCGACGGCGCGCUGUUCAGCAGCGCCGAGCUGCAGGCGCAGCUGCGCAAGCAGGCGGAGCAGCUGGCGGCGGGCGCGCAGCGGUUGCAGGAGGCGGAGCUGGCACUCAUCAAGUCCAAACAGGAAAAAGCGCACCUGGAGCAGGAGCUGGCGGCAGCGAAGGCGGCAGCGGCCAAGGGCAGUGCCGGCGGGGGCGCCAAGGGAGCUGCCGGCGGCAAGAGUAGCGGUGGCGGCAAGUCGGGCAGCGGCAGGGCGGGUGGCGGCUCAGCUGCGGACAAGGCCGCAGCAGACAAGGCUGAGAAGCUGCUUCAGGCGGAGCUGGACAAGCUGGGGAAGGAGCUGGCGACGGUCAAGCUGGAGGCGAGCACCAAGGGCCGCGAGGCUGCGGAGCGAGCCGCGGAGCUAGAAAAGAUCAAGAAGGAGCUGACCGGGGCCAAGGACACGCUGUCGGCGGCCUUACAGCAGCUGUCGGCGCUGCGAGAGGAGCGCGACAAAGAGCACGCACGCGCCGAAGCAGCCGAGGCAGCCGCCGCCGACGCCCGCGCCGCUGCCAUUGCGGAGGCACAGGCCGCCGCCAGGGCAGUUGACGAGGCUGCGGCGAACGCGGCGGCGCAGGCGUCGGCCGCUGCUGCGGCGGCAGGCGCGAGAGACGGCGAGGGCGGCGCGGCGGCGGCGACGGAGGUGAUGGCCGCAGCUCUGCAGGAGCUCGGCCGGCAGCGGGACGAGGCGAUGCAGGCGGUCGGGGAGUGGGAGGCGUUGGCGGGCUCGCUGCAGCAGCAGGUGGCGGACCUGCAGCAGGAGCUGCAGCAGCAGUACCAGCGGCAGCCCAGCGUGGCGCAGUCUUCACAGGCGGAGGGCUCCUGGGCGUCUGGGUCAGGUGGAGGUGGCGACGAAGACGACGACGGUGCCGGCGGCGGUGAGGAUGCGGCGGCGGCGGCGGUGCUGGCCGGACCGACGGCAGAGGGAGCGACCGCUUUGCGAGCGAUGGUGGCCACGAGCGACGGGGUCGUGCAGACGACGCCGCGGCUGUCGCAGCUGCAGCACCCGGAGCUCGUGAGCUGCAGCAUGCAGACGUCUGCGCGCGGGACGCCGCGCAAGCGGGAGUCGGCGGGCCACAGCGCACGCGGCGGCGGCGCCAGCGCCUCCGGCGAAGCCGCUGCCGCGGCGGCGGCCAGCCCCGUCGCAACCGCGGCGCUGGUGUUGGAGCUGCAGCGGCGGUUGCCGACGGUGUUGCAGCAGGUCCUUGGCGGCGCCGACGGCAGCGCGCUGGCGGAAGAGCCCGGCAUGCGAGGUGGCGUGGGCCCGGGCAGCGCCGCAGAAGCAGCAUCCGCGGCGGUGGAGGUGGUGCGGUACGAGCUGCUCCGCUGCCUGGCGGGACUUGCAGCUGGUGGCGGCAGCGAGGGCGGCGACGGCGCAAACGUCUUGGUUCUCAAUACGGUUGAGCCAGCAGCAACGGGCUCGGUUGCGACAUCUGCGCGAGCGCUGGCAGGCACGCCAGCGGCGGUGCCGACCCUCAACCUGUCAGCUUUGGCGCAGGGGCAGCAGCCUCAGGCAGGGUUAGCCAUGCCGGCGGCAGGUGGUGCCGCGGCCGAUCAGGCGACUGCGAUGGUGGCGGCAGAUACCGCGGCCGCGGGCUUGUCAACAUCUGGCACUGCCACAGCCGCAGCUCGGGGCGGGUCUGCACCUAGCUCGGCACGUGUGGUGGUGGCGGCUAGCGCCAGCGGCGCCAGCAGCGCCCGCAGCACGGCGCCAACGGCGGUGGUCGUGGAUGGUGUGACGUUUGUGCCACUUGGGUUCAAGGGCGGCGCGGCGGCCGGCAGACCUGUACAGGGCAUUGCGCUCCCUGGCGGCCACGGCCUCGCACCGCACCAGCAACAGCUGCCACCCCAGUACCAAGCGCAGCAGCCACAGGCCACGGCGGCGCCGCCCCCAUCCAGCUCCAUCCCCAUCCGCGACGCGCGCUCUAUCUCGGUCACGGGCCCCACAGCGGCCUCUCUGGCCGACGCGGGCCACAUGACAGUCACCCUGCCGGGCCCUCGCGGCAGCCUCGUUGUCGCCUCCGCGGCCCGUCGCCGCAAGUCAGCCUUCGCCUCUCUUCACAGCAACUACCUCGCGCCAGCGAACCCCAACGCGGGUACCAGCGAGGGCGAGGCCGACGCCGGCGCUUCGGACGAUGACGGCACGGCCGCCGCAUACUCACAGGGCCUGCUGCCGCCCGCCGGCGCCGCCGGCAGCGGCGCCGCCAGCGUUCGCGCGCUGCGGUCUGCCGGCGCCGGCGCAGGUGCUGGCGCCGGCGACGGCCUGGUGUACUCGCACGUGCAGCAGCAUGGACCCGCGGCCGUGUACUUGGAUCCAGUCCUGGCAACGGCGCUGCAGGUGGGCCCCAUCUCGCCGGCGGCGGCGCGCGCCGCCGGCGCCGGUCCCAGCGCGCUGGCCGUCGACGGCGCCGCCACGGGCCCUAGCCCUUGGGACCACGGCCUGGGCAGCUCGUCUCAGCAGAGUAUGCUGCUUCGGCGGCCCAAGUCCGCCGCUGCGCGUGCGCUGGAGUCGGCUCGGCAGCAGCUGGCGGCGGCGGCCGCGGCGCAGCAGCAGGCGGCUUACGGGGGUGGCGGUGGCUACGCGGGUAGCCUGGCGAGGCUGCCGCGGCGGCCGGCAAGUGCCGCGCUGCCGCCGUUUGGCGGCGGCGUGAGCGGCAUCGGCACCUUGCAGCAACAGCAACAGUUGCAGAUGCUGCAGGCACAGAUGCAGAUGCUGCAGCCGCAGAUGCAGGGCUGGGUGGCGGAUGCCAGCGGGCUGCAGCCCAUGCCAGGUGGCGCUGAGGGCACCGGCACGGCACCAGCGCGUGACGGCAGUCCGCAGCGCGCCAGUGUCAGCUUCAUGCUCGCAGAGGCUGGUGCCAAGGUCCGCAACAUCGCCGCGACGCCGCAGAAGGGCAUCCAGCUGCCUGGCCGGCUUCGUAGCGCGCCCACGCGCAGCCAAGCUCUGGCGGCGGCGGGCGGCCGUGUCGGCGGUGGCGGCGCCACUGAAGGCUUUCCCGAUGAGCCCGUGGCGCCGCGGGCAGCAGUCACCGGCAAUGCCAUGCCGGGCCCCGGCCUGUCACCAGGCUUUCGCGAGCUGCAGCUCCACGUGGGCAGGGAUGCGGCAGUGGCGACCCACUUCGCGCCGCCGCCCCUGGAAGUUGGCGCUGGGGCGGACGGCGGCGGCAGCGGGUCGCCGCGCCAUGGCGGUCUGCAGUCCCAGGCCUCGGCUUCAGAGCUGCCCGCCAAUGCGGCUGAGCUGGCGGCGCUGGCUCGGGAGCUUAUGUUUGCACAGGAGCGCGCGGCGGCAGAGCUGGAGGCGGCUCAGAGCACGCAACGCGAGCUGGCUGAUGAGGUGGCGACCAGCCGGCGGCAGUGGGUGGACGAGGCUAAGCGGGCGCGCGCGCUGGGGGCGGAGCUGGCGCGUGUGCGGGGCCAGCUCUUGUCAAUGAACGUGGGGGAGGUGCACCGCCCACCAGCUUGACCACCGUGUACCGUAGUAAGGAAAGCGUUGUGGACUGAACAUGGUGAAUUGGCAGGGCUGUGAGGACAAGCGCCAAAGGCGGCUCGGUGUGAAGUACCGUACUAUGCAGCGACAUCUCGUAAUCCGUCUGAUUCAUCAUGCACCCUGUUGCAUCAGGCGAAUGUAGGAGCCGAGGUCGAUGGCAUGGUACUGUGAAGCAUGAUAACGGUAUAAUGACGCCGUGUGCGCGGUAGCAGCAGUAGGCGCAGGUUGCCUUCCUCCACACCCCUCCCUACUGUAAGGACACAAGGGU